GUACUUCCCAUCAAGGUGGCUAUUCCCAUGACGCUGUGGUCUAUGCGCUACAAAAAUGUGGCAUUCGUCAUAUUGACACAGCAAAAAGAUACGGCUGCGAGUCUCUGCUCCGAAAAGCCAUCCGAGAGAGUGGUGUGAGGCGGGAGGAGCUCUGGAUAACCACCAAGCUGUGGCACAGUGAUUAUGGCUAUGAGAACACAAAAAGAGCCUGCCUGGAGUCAUGUGAAAGGCUUGGUGUUAAAUAUCUCGAUCUGUAUUUGAUACACUGGCCCGAUGCACAUGUUCCGGGUAAAAGCAAUCGAGAGGCCCGAGCUGAGACCUGGAGAGCAAUGGAGGAGCUCUAUGAGGAAGGUGUGUGUAGAUCAAUUGGCGUAAGCAACUUUCUUGUCAGUCAUCUCGAGCAGCUGCAGGAAGACUGUGUGAUUACUCCACAUGUUAAUCAGGUGGAAUACCACCCUUUCCAAAGACCUCAGGAGCUGGUCGAUUAUUGCAGGAGCCGAGGUAUCGUUUUUGAAGGCUACUGUCCCUUAGCCAAAGGUGAAGCGCUCGCGCAUCCCAGUGUCCUUCAGCUGGCAAAGAAGUACGGCAGGACUCCGGCGCAGAUCUGCAUACGCUGGAGUAUCCAGAAUGGGAUCGUCACUAUUCCAAAGUCCACAAAAGCAGAAAGGAUACAGGAAAACUGCAAGGUGUUUGAUUUUACGAUAGCGGCAGAUGACGUUGCAGUCCUGGACGGAAUGCAUGACGGGAGACACGUUUCCUGGGACCCAAGCCUUGUUGUGUGA